GUGACCUCUACUGCAGUUGAAAACACUUGGGAACCGAGCUUGAAUGAAUUGGUCAUUGAAAUAUAAUUGCAGCAGUUUGAUUUAUAAAUUAAUUAAUCUUAACUAUCACCAACUUCAGAAAGGCUUAUGUGCUCCGCGCCGCUCGAUUUCCGACUCGGGGAGCUUAGUGUGACAGUUGUCGGCGUUAAGUCCAUUUCAGCACAACUGCAUCAACAUGGGUGUGAUCGGUGUGCAGCUGGUGGUUACUAUGGUAAUGGCCAGUGUAAUUCAGAAGAUCAUACCUCAUUAUUCCUUUGCAAGAUGGCUACUCUGCAGUGGCAGUCUGCGGUGGUACCAGCACCCUACGGAAGAUGAGUUGAGGAGCCUUGCCGGAAAGCAACAAAAAACUAAGAGCAAGAAAGACCGGAGGAACAAUGGCCACAUAGAGAACAAGCCUCUGACCAUUCCCAAGGACAUAGACCUGCAGCUGGAGACCAAGUGCAUCACAGAAGUGGACACGUUAGCUUUGCACUACUUCCCAGAGUUCCAGUGGCUGGUGGACUUCACAGUGGCAGCCACAGUGGUGUAUCUGAUCACCGAGCUGUACUACACAGUGGCCCAGCCCUCUGGGGAGAUGAACAUCAGCGUGGUGUGGUGCCUGCUCGUCCUCGCCUUCGUCAUUAAGACCCUGUUCUCCCUGACGGCCUUCUACUUCAAGCUGGAGGAAGGUGGCGAGCGCUCGCUCUGCAUCACCUUCGCUUUCUUCUUCUUUGUCAAAGCCAUGGCCAUCCUCAUCGUCACUGAGAACUACCUGGAGUUUGGCCUGGAGACAGGUUUCGCAAAUUUCUCUGAAAGUGCCACACAGUUUUUGGAAAACCAGGGGUUAGAGUCCCAGGGUCCCAUAUCUAAACUCACCUUUAAGCUGAUCCUGGCCUUGCUCUGCUCUCUGAUUGGUGCAUUCCUCACCUUCCCCGGCCUACGAUUGGCUCAAAUGCACCUGGACGCCCUCAACCUGACCACAGCCAAAGUCACACAGACCUUGCUUCAUAUCAACUUCCUUUCCCCUCUUAUUAUGGUACUGCUGUGGGUGAAGCCUAUAACUAAGGACUACCUCCUGAAUCCUGCCCUGGGGAAGGAGAGUAUGCCUUUGAUGACUGAGGAGACCUAUGACACGUUGCGGUUGUGGGCCAUCCUGCUGCUGUGUGUGCUGCGCCUGGCCAUGAUGAGGCACCACCUCCAGGCCUACCUCAACCUGGCCCAGAAGGGCGUGGAGCAGAUGAAGAAGGAGGCGGGACGCAUCAGCACCGUUGACCUGCAGAAGAUGGUGGCCCGUGUUUUCUACUACCUAUGUGUAAUCGCACUGCAGUAUGUGGCACCCUUGGUGAUGUUGCUGCAUACAACCUUGCUGCUAAAAACCUUAGGUGGACACUCCUGGGGCGUGUACUCUGAGGAAGACCUCCCCUGCCCAAUGGAGAUGAACUCUGACCCUGCUGUGGUUGCUGCAGCUCCAGGACUGGCUGUGGAGGCCCAGGCAUCGGUGGUCCAGCUGUCGGUGGCCCUCGGGGGCCUGCGAACAGUGUUCACCCCCCUGCUUUUCCGUGGCCUCCUCUCCUUCCUCACCUGGUGGAUCGCUGCCUGCCUCUUUUCCACCUCCAUCUUCGGCCUCUUCUACCACCAGUAUCUCAUGGCGGCAUAGCAGCAUUCCCCCAGGGUCAGGGUGGUGUCCCACUGGGCUCUGUUCCAGCCCCGUUCAGAAAUGACUGUGUGGUGCAGGGCUCUAGGGACAACCCUUCUCCCCUCCCACAGCCACGUCCCUCAUGACCAUAUCUGCAGAGAACCCCUGGUUCACCCCCAGUGCUUCCUUCAUGGAUUACUCUUAACUUGACUUUUACUACCUUUUUAUUUUGAGAGCAGGAUUCGCAAAUCCUUAACAAAAGACACUAAUAUAAAUGAGAGUAAUGGUAAUAUGUGUGUGCGUACAGUCUUAAACAGAGCAGCAGAGAACCUUGUCUCUGCAUACUAUGGGGGGUGGGGUGGGGGUGGCUGUGGAUGUUGUAAAGGGAUGUGUGAACUAAAGCAGCCAAUAAGAGGUCACCACUGCGAUGCUUGUCCUACUGGAGAAGGAGGAGGGGACACCUCACUGGGAGAGUCCCUGCUGAGAUCCCAUCACUUGAAACUGUUCAAUUGAAAUAUGUCUAACUGGCUACCAAGGACGAACAUGGGUUUUUAAAUGUGCGUUCCUUAUGAUUUGUGAAAUAUUUUAUCCCCCCUUUACUGUCCCUGGUACAAACUGAGCCAUACUGGAAGAGCUGAGAGAAACUUGUGCCCCUUCUGACAGGUGUGACGACAGCCAGCGGGGGCAGCAACACACAAGCCGUGGCCAAGGGAAUGGUACGUGUGAAUGUGAGUAAGAUCCCUGCUGUGAGGUCGGUGUACAACUAAAAGGGCAUUUUGAUCAAUAGAAGUGUCAAGUCAAAUGCCAAUUGUAAGCUACGGCCUCUUUCCUCCACCCUCCCCUGUACCCGUCCUCCCCUUGUAGAGCCAGUAGGGAAACUACAAUUUUAUGUCUUCUGUUUUUUGUUUCAUGGAUCAAAUUGUGAAUUUAGAAAUGUGUUUUUAUUUGAAAGAGCUGCCAAGUAAGUGACCCCUCUGGUGGGCUGUAGAUUUGAUGAUUGAUAGUUUUACAGCAACCCUGCGGCCUUCUGUCUUCAGAGUCCCCAACGAGGAACCAAUAGAGCACAAGUGUGUACUCAUACACUUGUGCAUAUCUUGUUCUAUGUACAGACUUUCCUAGGCUUACUGACUCUCUCUCUCUCUCACACACACACACACACACACACACACACACACACAUAUAUAUAGUCACAAGCUCAAACACAGGGAUGAUUGUCCAGCCCGUUCAGGAGUAAAGAACAGUUGUCUGGACAGAGGGGUAUACUACAAAGCAGGAUCAAUGAGUUAGCCAGAUAACUUUGACAAACAGUUUGUUGUCUGGUUCAUUAAGAAAGCUAAACAUAGAUACAGUACCAGUCAAAAGUUGGACACACCUACUCAUUUCAAGGGUUUUU